AUGCUGGCAGGGGGCUCGUGGGAGUUCGCGGCCUCCUUCUGCGUGGGCCGCAGUCGCGGCUGCGAGGUGAGCAUCCCCACGUCCGAGGAGACGCGCACCGUGAGCAAGCGCCACGUGGGCAUCGUCCCUCUCACGCAGACGCUGCCGAGCAACCCCGCCCGCUCCGGAGCCGGCAAGCGCCGCUGGCUGCUCUACGACCUGGAGACCACGAACGGCACGGCGGUGAACGGCGUCGACGUCCCGCCGGGAGGCAACCGCGAGCUCCACCACGGCGACGAGGUGGUGCUGGCCUCGACCAUGCGGCAGUGCGUGCGGCUGCUGGUGCAGUUCCCGGACGAAGCGCACUCCCGCAUCGUGAUCAAGGUGUUGGCGCGCUCAGCCACGGGCACGCCGUCGCCCGCGCCGCUGCACCGGCGGACGGCUGUGGUGCCGUCGCCUCGACGCUCGCCCCGACGAGUUGUGAUGACGAACGCGUCGGUAGCUGCUGCAGGUUUCGGGAGGUCGGCGGUGACCAUUGCUGGCAGUCCGGCGCUCACGAGGAAUGGCUGCCGCUCGAGGACCGGAACGCCGAGCAGUGAUGCGAACUUUAUGACCCCGCCGUCGCACAGUCUUCCGCAGAAACGGAGUCGUAGCAGUCCGAGGAGAGGAGAAGUUGAGAACGAGAAUGUGGAGAAGAACAAACAGCAGGACACGCCCAACAGUCAACAGAGGAAACGCUCACGUCGUGGAGGAAUUUUUGAAGCUGAAGCUGCUGCCAUGGAUGGAGACAACGGUAAUGCGGCUAAACGAGCUCAGAAGCAAGAGAAGGAGGAACGCGAGCGGCUAAUGAUGUGCCCCGUGUGUCUGGAGUAUUUUCAUGGUAGUGCGACGCUGCCGUGUUCGCACACGUUCUGCGGGUAUUGCAUCAGCAAUUGGUUCCGUAAUUCGCUGUCGUGUCCGGAGUGCCGCGAUGUUGUGAAGACGGUGCCCGUGCGCAACCGCGCACUGGACGAACUGGUGGAACGCUUGGUAGGACAGACAGAAGCGUACAAGUCUCAUGUGCGUCGUCGGGCACGGAUGCAGAGGCUAUCCAUAGGACCACGGCGAUAUGAACGUGGAGGCAGCGACGGCGAUGAAGAUGCAUCUGAAGGAGCUGCUCGUGGCGUGCGUCAUUUACAUCUUGGUAACAAUGGUGUCCCAGAGCCCAGCAUGCGCUGUAGCGUGUUCACCCGCUGGUCGGUGGAGGAGAAGCUUGCAUUCUCGGCUUAUAUCAAUACCCAAUUCGGCGAGGCGCGUGUGGCAACCUGCAAGAGAGUAGGUCUGACAGAAACCGCGGUGGAUAGGUCCAAUAUGACCGAGCUGCUCAUCGCUGCCCAGAAUCUCCUGUUGGUAGGUGACGAGUGCUGUCAACGGCUCAAGAUUUUCCUGUUUUUUGGCUGA